AGAAGACGGACGCGAUGCUGGUGCUACUGACGGCUGCCGUGCUCAUCAGCACCGAGAGCGUGCGCUCGGCGCUCGAGGCGACCUUCGCGUGGGGCGUCGCCCUCCUCGUGGACCACACGCAAGAGUUCUUCUGGGGCCUCUUGCUGCUCACGUGCUUUAGCCUCCUCAGCUACAUCAUGGAGCCGGAGAAGCCCAAGGGUCCGAAGGCGUCGCAACCGCGCUGGGAGCUCUUCCGUCUCUCCAACUACUUUGUCAUCGCCGUCUUUGUCGUCUCGCUCGCGACCCUCUUGUCGCACGAGAACCGCCUCGACCACCGCGCCCCGAAGCCGAACCCGCUCGUCCUCUACGGCGCUGCCGCGGCGUGCAUGCUCUCGCUGACGUAUUUUUUGCCUUCUUCGCUGUGGGCUUUGUCUCGAACCAAGUCGCCGACAGCGACGAUGAAGACAAGUGGCCCGCAAAAGCGCCUCGCAAGUGCCAGCCAGAGCUCGCACCCGCCACGCCGCUCGCCGCGGACGACGCCCAAGUCCUCGAUCUUCUUACGACCAAGGACCCUGUGACGGGUCGCCCGCGCAUGGCACUUCAUGAGCUCGAGAAGAAGCUUGGUGACAUGGAGCGCGCCGUUCACUUGCGCCGGGAGUACUUCAAAGCGCAAAGCGCCCUCGACUUUUCCAACUUGCCCGUGCAAGGCUACGACUAUGCCAAGAUCUACGGCAGCAACUGUGAGGUUGUGGUUGGGUAUGUUCCGCUGCCCGUCGGCCUCGCUGGCCCCAUCCAAGUCAACGGCGAAAACGUCUUUUUGCCUAUGGCCACGACGGAGGGUUGCCUGAUUGCUAGCACGAAUCGCGGUUGCAAGGUGCUGAGCAUGGGCUCCGGCGUCCAGAGCAUCGUGCUUGCCGACGGCAUCACACGCGCGCCAUGCGUUCGCUUUCCCCGUGCGCGCGACGCGGCGGCGCUCAAGGCCUACCUUGACGACGCAGCCAAUUGGACGGACGUCGCAGCUGCAUUCAACUCGACGACGCGCUAUGGGCGCCUGACGUCGAUCAAGACGAUCCAGUCGGGACGCAACUGCUACGUGCGUAUCGUGUGCAACGCUGGGAACGCCAUGGGCAUGAACAUGGUAUCCAAGGGGACGCUCGCCGUGCUCGGCCAUCUCCAGGAGCGGUUCCCGGACAUGGAGCUGGUGGCGAUCUCGGGCAAUGUGUGCACUGACAAGAAGAGCGCCGCGAUCAACUGGAUCGACGGCCGAGGCAAGAGCGUCGUUGCCGAUGCGGUGGUCAAGGCCGACGUUGUUGCGCGCAUCCUGCACACGACGGUUGACAAGCUUGUCGAUUUGAACUUGCAAAAGAACCUCGUGGGCUCGGCCAUGGCUGGGGCGCUCGGCGGCUUCAACGCGCACGCAGCCAACAUUCUCACGGCCAUCUUCCUCGCGACGGGCCAAGAUCCGGCGCAGAACGUCGAGUCCUCGAGUUGCAUGACGAUGCUCGAAAAGACCAAGGACGGUGAUCUCUACAUUAGCGUCACAAUGCCCUCCAUCGAAGUGGGCACUGUUGGCGGCGGCACGCACCUCGGCCCGCAGCAGGCCUGCCUUGGACUUAUGGGGUGUGCACCGCACCAGGUCAACGACGAUGCGACGACGGAACAGGGCGCGCGUCGUCUUGCAUGCGCGAUCGCGGCGGGCGUCAUGGCCGGCGAGCUCUCGCUUCUCGCCGCCAUCUCCACGAACGAGCUCGUCAAGAGCCACAUGGAGCUCAACCGCAAGAAGUAGGCUUCCGACUGUACAUAAUUCUUUGUAACACGCCUUCUGAUUGGCUGAUUGGAA